AUGAUUUGCACCAGGAAAACCAAAACUUUGGUCUCCACCUGCGUGAUCCUGAGCGGCAUGACUAACAUCAUCUGCCUGCUCUACGUGGGCUGGGUCACCAACUACAUCGCCUCCGUCUACGUGAAGGUGCAGGAGCCCGGCGCCCAGGCGGCAGUGGCGGCGGCGGAGAGAAAGUUGGAGGAGGACAACAAAGGGGACACGCUGAGGAUUAUCGAGAGGCUGGACCACCUGGAGAGUGUCAUCAAGCAGCACAUCCAAGAAGCGCCACUGAAAGCAGAAGACAACCCAGAAGAGGCUUUCACCGACUCAUCCCUCUUUGCUCACUGGGGCCAGGACCUCAGCCCUGAGAACAGACGUAUUGCCCUGAAACAGUUCCAGUACUAUGGCUACAAUGCAUACCUGAGUGAUCGCCUUCCCCUGGAUAGACCAUUGCCUGACUUUAGACCCAAUGGGUGCAAGAACCUUACAUUUCCAGACAGCCUUCCUGAGGUCAGCAUUGUUUUCAUAUUUGUGAAUGAAGCACUCUCGGUGAUUCUACGUUCCAUUCAUUCAGCUAUUGACAGGACUCCUGCUCAUUUGCUCAAAGAGAUUAUUUUAGUGGACGACAACAGUAAUAAUGAAGAACUCAAAGAGAAACUAAAAGGAUAUGUUGAUGAGGUGAACACACAGAAGCCUGGGUUCAUCAAAAUGGUUCGACACAACAAGCAAGAGGGGCUGAUUCGGUCUCGUGUUAGUGGCUGGAGGGCAGCCACGGCUCCAGUAGUUGCACUCUUUGAUGCCCAUGUAGAAUUCAAUGUAGGAUGGGCUGAACCAGUACUCUCAAGGAUAAAGGAAAACAGAAGAAUAGUAAUUUCUCCAUCAUUUGAUAACAUCAAAUAUGACAAUUUUGAAAUAGAAGAGUAUCCCCUGUCAGCACAAGGUUUUGACUGGGAAUUAUGGUGUCGAUACCUAAAUCCCCCCAAAUCAUGGUGGAAGCUGGAAAACACUACUGCUCCUAUAAGGAGCCCUGCACUGAUUGGAUGCUUCAUAGUGGACAGAGAAUAUUUCCAAGAAAUUGGUCUACUAGAUGAAGGCAUGGAGGUCUAUGGAGGUGAAAAUGUGGAACUUGGGAUCAGGGUAUGGCAGUGUGGUGGUAGCGUUGAAGUGCUGCCUUGCUCUAGGAUUGCCCAUAUUGAACGAGCCCAUAAACCAUAUACGGAAGACUUAACUACUCAUGUCCGAAGAAAUGCACUAAGAGUGGCCGAGGUCUGGAUGGAUGAAUUUAAAAGCCAUGUUUAUAUGGCAUGGAAUAUUCCCCAAGAGGAUUCUGGAAUCGACAUUGGUGAUAUUUCCGAGAGGAAAGCUUUGAGGAAAAAGCUGCAAUGCAAGACCUUUAGGUGGUAUCUUGUCAGCGUGUACCCAGAAAUGAGAAUGUACUCGGACACUGUGGCCUAUGGGGUGCUUCAGAAUUCCCUAAAAAGUGAUUUGUGCCUUGAUCAGGGCCCAGACACAGAAAAUAUUCCCAUCAUGUAUAUCUGCCAUGGAAUGACACCACAGAAUGUCUACUACACAGGCAGCCAGCAGUUCCACGUGGGCGUUUUAAGCCCUACCAUUGAUGAUGAUGACAACAGAUGCCUGGUGGAUGUGAAUAGCCGACCUAGGCUAAUCGAAUGCAGUUAUGCCAAAGCCAAAAGGAUGAAGCUUUAUUGGCAAUUUACUCAGGGAGGCUCAAUCCAGAACAGAAAAUCCAAACGUUGCCUGGAGCUGCAGGAAAACAGCGAUAAUGAGUUUGGAUUUCAGUUAGUUUUACAGAAAUGCUCUGGCCAACGUUGGUCUAUAACAAAUAUUCUGAAGAGCUUGCCGCCAUAGACGUUUUUGGAGGGGGGGAUCUUCUACUCAGUCCUCUUGCUACUGUGUAGCAAAAGUCUGCAAUGUCGCCUGCUGUACUGUAUUAUUUUCCCUUCUUUUAAUCUUUUUUUGUGUGAGUGUGUGGAUGUCAGAUUUGUGGGCUGACAAUAGAGACUUUUUUCAUAAGGACAUUUUCACAGCAUUUAUAGAGAGAUACUGAAUGACAGGUGAUAGUAGAAUAUCUGAAAAUAUUUUGCAAUUGUAAAUAGGGAACAAAUGAAAAAUAUUUAUAAGUCGGACAAUAAAAUUUUAUUGAUUAAAAAUA